AUGAGGAGAAUUACAAGAAGCUUCAAACAGAAGACUGUUAAAGAUAAUAAGGUACUGCCGGAAGUGGGUACCCAACAAUCUAGAAAAGGUGGAGACCAAUGCUCUUAUCCUGUAAAUGAUAACAUUCCGGCUGAAAAGAAACAGUACAUAUGUGCAGAGUGUGGGAAAGCCUUUAGUCAGAGCGCAAACCUUACAGUGCAUGAGCGAAUUCACACAGGAGAGAAACCUUUUAAGUGUAAGGAAUGUGGGAAAGCCUUCAGUCAUAGCUCCAACCUUGUUGUUCAUCAGAGAAUCCACACUGGUCUGAAGCCCUACACAUGCAAUGAAUGUGGGAAAUCAUUCAGUGGUAAGUCACACCUCAGACGGCACCAAGGAAUCCACAGUGGGGAGAAAACGUAUGAUUGUAAGGAAUGUGGGAAAGCCUUCAGUCGACGUUCCGGUCUCAUUUCACACCACCGAGUUCACACUGGGGAGAAGCCCUACACUUGCAUUGAGUGUGGGAAAGCCUUUAGUCGGAGUUCAAAUCUUACUCAGCAUCAGAGGAUGCAUAAAGGGAAAAAGGUUUACAAAUGUAAGGAGUGUGGGAAAACAUGUGUUUCUAAUACAAAGAUUAUGGACCAUCAGAGAAUUCACACAGGAGAGAAGCCUUAUGAGUGUGAUGAGUGUGGGAAAGCUUUUAUUUUGAGGAAGAUGCUUAAUGAACAUCAAAGACUUCAUCGUAGAGAAAAACCUUACAAGUGUAGUGAGUGUGGAAAAGCUUUUACUUCUAAUCGAAACCUUAUUGAUCAUAAGAGAGUUCACACUGGAGAGAAACCCUAUAAGUGUAAUGAAUGUGGGAAAACCUUCAGGCAGACUUCACAAGUUAUUCUACAUUUGAGAACUCAUACUAAGGAGAAACCCUAUAAGUGUGAUGACUGUGGGAAAGCCUACCGGUAUAGCUCACAACUUAUUCAACACCAGAGAAAACAUAACGAGGAGAGAGAAACCUCAUCAUAAAUGUUGUGGUUAUAGAAUUAAUUGCUAGUUUCUGGAAAAGCAUUUGUUUUAGUAUCAUCAACUCUUUAUUUCUGAGAUUCCAGAAGUAGAU